AUGACCGUGGUUACCUGCAUCCCUAACGUUACAUGUUUUGCAGAUAUCGGGAAUAAGGUUUUUAUUCUUUCUGAUGAUCUUUUGAGCAUCUUCGACAUAGACAAACGGAUGGGGCAAUUUCCUCCUUGUUCAAUAAGAGGCGUUCCAUACGCGAUAAGAUUUUCAUCGGAGACAUCUGUACCUAUAGAUCUAUCGGAGAAGAACGAUGAUGAAGCCGUUAUAGAGAUGGCCAUGCUUGCAACGGGCACCAAGAUUCUUAUGCUCUUCAGAUUGAAAGGAGGUUACAUGGUUGCAUAUGAAUCCUUCGGGCUGGAGGCACUUCUCAGGGAAACCCUUCCUUCUGAAGUAAUCUUUUUCAAAAUACAUCUUCCAAGACACAUUGCCUUCAAUCUAUCUCCGGAGACCAAGGCAUUUUACAAUGUGGGUACAAUGGUAUUCAUAAAAGCAACAACCAACGUAUUUAUGGUUCCAACAGACAAGGGACAUUUUUUGUACAGAAGUCAGUACACUCUAAAUUCAAUAGCUAUGGAUGGAGACGAUGUGAUACAACUCUCCAAAGGCUAUCUAAUGGUCUGCAGAGUCCCCAGCAUUGAAAACGGAUAUGUUUUUGGAAGCGGAUUUAUUGGGAAAAAGAUUCCAGUUCUUAGAACACCAAAGCACAUCGAGUAUGCAGAUCGGUACAUGGUAGUAGCCUCAUGCGAAGAAGUUGAGUUUUCCCCAAAGAAUGGAAAAGACUGUGGAGUUCCUGUAAACACCUAUCGGUUCUAUGUCGACCUGUAUUCGGAGAAAUACGAGCAUAUAAGUACUUAUGAAUUAGAAGAGAACGAGUAUGUCUUUGAUAUCCAGUAUCUCGUUUUGGAUGAUAUGCAGGGAAAUUAUGGAAAGUCCCCUUUUCUACUUGUUUGCACAACCUUCAUUGAAGGAGAAGAUAGGCCUGCGAAAGGCCGGCUUCAUGUACUAGAAAUAAUUUCUGUUGUUCCGUCGUUGGAGAGCCCUUUCAAAGACUGUAAACUCAAGGUUUUGGGAAUUGAAAAGACUAAGGGAUCGAUUGUCCAAUGCUCUGAAGUUCGUGGUAAGAUUGUACUAUGUUUGGGAACCAAGAUAAUGAUUUACAAAAUUGACAGGGGCAGCGGGAUAAUACCCAUAGGUUUCCAUGACUUGCACACAUUUACAUCCUCUAUAUCUGUGGUUAAAAACUACAUUCUUGCAUCCGACAUUUAUAGAGGCUUGUCGUUCUUUUUCUUCCAGUCCAAGCCAAUUAGACUCCACCUGAUAAGCUCUAGCGAGCCUCUUAAGAAUGCAACCUCUACAGAACUUCUUAUUACUGGCAAUGAGCUUUCGAUGGUGUGUUGCGACAUCAAGGGAACAAUUCAUGCAUACACCUACUCUCCAAAUAACAUAAUAAGCAUGGAUGGAGCUAAACUUGUCAAGAGAGUGGAGAUGAAAACCAAUCUGGGAAGACUCUCAUCUUCCAGAGUAGGGUUUAGGAAGAAUAGUAUUAUGCUGUAUUCAAGGUCCAACCAACUGGUCCAUGUAAAUGGAGUCGACAAUUCUAGCUAUCUUAAGCUUCUUGGAAUACAGACGUCGAUUAUGGGGUGUUUUAAGGCUGUGUUUGGAUUGAAUCCAAGGGACUAUCUGAACUCUGAUAUUCACCUCCACAGCUUGUCAUUGAAAAGUCCAAUAGUUCUGCACAUCCUGAACUUGUUUAGUUACUUCGACCUGAGCAUCCAGGAGUCGAUUUCAUCUUCUGUUGUGAUGAGCAGAAGAGAAAUACUAGACAUCAUUGCAUCUUUGAAUCAGUCCUAA